GUUGUCCCCCUCCAAAAAGAAUUUCGAGGCUCUCCUUACCAGCUUCUCUCGAGGAAUUCCUAUCUUCUGGUUUUUCUCCUCGGGCUAACCAAUUUUUGAUCUCGGCCAUCCAAUCGACCCUUUCUUCUAUCGCCAUUACUUGGUCUAUUGAGCUCUGCUCCAUGUGUAGCAGGGUUAUCGACCUGGAACCACAUUCCGCCAGUGAAUUAGCCAUCUUGGCGAGCAAGUCUGCUCGAUUGUUCUCGCUUCGUGGUAUUUGGAUGAUCUCCCAUUUGGUAAAGCCUUUGAGCAACUCAUGCACCUUAUCCACAUACCUUCUCAUCCGAUCUUCUUUUACUUCAAAUUCGCCCUUGACUUGCCCCACUACGAGCUGUGAGUCCGAAUGUA